UUUAUUAAUCGGCCAUCUUGCGAUGCUUCUUUUUAGAUAUUUUUGUUGUGGUUUUGAGUUUUGAAAACAUAUAUUUUGUUUAUUAAAAGGUUAAUCGAAAGAUAUUCGGGCAUAAGAGGUUCUAGAAUAGUGUUUUUUUGCUAUAAUAAUAGUUACACGGGAGGACAACAAUGUAUCAGAGCCCAAUGUCAUAUAUUCUAUUGCUUCCAGAAGUAGCUUUGGAAAAUAUCUUUUCCUUUUUAAACUACGACGAAAUUGCGAAAAAUAGAAUUGUUUGUAGAAAAUUCAACGAGAUUGGCGGUAAGUUACUAUCCAGAGGCUUUAUCCAACUGGAAAAACGCCAUGCCACGAUUUACAAGAGGGUCAAAUCGGCCCUACCCCGACGCGAGUCUGAACGAAAAACUCACCCUCUGGCAAGACACAGCGACAUCUUGCAGGGAGUCGAGACCAGACUUAGCAUGCUGAACAUGACCUACAUGCGCUACAUCGAAAGCAAACUGAUAUGCUUUAUCCCGGGAAAAGUUUUGGAUGAGAUAAAGAGCAUCUUGGAUCUGGUAGAGAAUGACAGAUCUCCGCCAAGAACGCAUCAGCUAUUGCAAGAGCUUAGGGAUCUGAGCAGCAUGGCCAUGGAACAUUUUGAUGAGCAAAUUUUACCGAGAUGCAAGCAGCAAAUUGAGCAGCAAACAGAUGUUUUGUAUAGGGAUGUAGUGUCUACAUCGAAAUCAACAAGAUUAUUGUUUCAUCAGCAAUUUCCUCACGCCAUCAGCAACGAGUUGUACAAGGUGAAGAAACUGACCAAGAGCCAUAAGCACCACAUCGGUUAUUUGACGCAAAAUACCCAGAAAUUAUGUCUCAAGAUGCGCAAACAGAAAAAUAUCCUACGCAUCCAAUCGAGCAAAAUCCACGAGCAAGAACGGAAAAUCCAGGAACAGAACCAGAAAAUAAUGGAACAGGAAUCGGCCCUGAACGAAAUCAAGAAGCACGUCGACGACUGGGACCAGAAGUACAAAGACCUGACCACGGAACUGAUUCGAGCCAGAGACGAAAUCCUUCUCAAAGCCUCUUCGAGCAGCGGUUCCCUUCUCAGUUCUCCCAGUCUCACGUCCACUCCUAUCCAGACCGGUUCGUUCAAGAGCCCCACUUUUAAAACGAACAUCAAACCGAGAGUGGCUCAUAUCCUGCCCAAAAGCUACACGCUGGACUUCGAUAGAAAGCGUAAGGGCUCGAACGCAACUGAGAUUCCUUUGAAGAGGAAUCGAAGCCCUAGCGCUGUUCCGGAUCAUCAAAAGUACUUUCAGCGGAGCUCCAAGGAGAAAAGCGUACAGAACGUGGAGCUGAACAUACCGAAUUUGGAGAAUUUCGAGAAAAAAGAGCAAACGUACGAUGCCGGGCCUUCUGAACCCAAUCUGGAAGCUUGUACCUCGAGCAAAAACGAUUCGAAAUCGGAAUACCUAACCUUGUUCUUUGACAAUCUGCUUAGUAAUCCCCUAAAGAGUGCUGCCAAGGCUCGGAAGAGAAAGAUGACGGAAGAUAUCGAUCUGAAGUAAAUAUGGUUAGAGUUUUUUUUUUAAUUUGUUUAGAAAAAUAUUUAAGAUUUUAUUUAGUUUGUUAUUUACUUUACUAACUUGAGAAUUUAAUAAUCUGAGAAACAUAAACAGA